AUGAGCCGGUCGCUGGAGCGCGGCUCCUCCUCCUCUUCGGGGGCGUAUCAGAUGUGGCUGGGCAACAUCCCGUUCGACGCGACGGAGGAAGACCUGAAGGCUCUUCUCUCGCGCGUCGGCAGGGUGAUUCAGGUGCGCGUCAAAUACGACGAAGGCGGACAGAGCAAGGGUUUUGCCUUUUGCGAGUUCCCCGACCCCGAGACCUGCUACCUCGCCUACGUCACGCUGAACAACGUCGACCUGGGCGGCCGAAAGCUGAAGAUCGACUUCGCCACCGACGAGCUGCGCCAGCGCUUCGGCUCCACGGGCGGCGGCGCCGCCUCGGCGCGCGCCGAGCGCAGAAAGGGCAACCCCUCCGGCGCCGCGCAGCAGGGCGGCGAGGCGGCUGAAGACGCCCGCGCUAUCUCCGCCGCCGCGCUUCUCGGAUCCCUCCAGGCCGCCGCCGGGCUCGCCCCUGGCGAGAGUCUCCUGGGCGUCCCCUGCGCCAGGCUCGGGCGCGGUCGCGACCGCCACGCCACGGGGGGGACUGCCGCGGGAGUCUCCGCGCGCCGCGCCGCCAGUCUCGCGCCCGUGGCGCUGUACGACGGGGCUGCAGCGGCGGCGGACAUCAUGGAGAUUCUGCAGACCUUCUCGACUUCGCAGCUGCUGGCGUUCCUAGGCGACAUCAAGCGCCUGAUGCAAGAGAGCUCGUCGGCGUGCCGGCAGCUCCUCCUCGCCCACCCCGCCAUCGUCUACGCCGCCCUCCACGCCAUGUAUCUCCUCGCGCCCGCGACCGCGGAGAGCGCCCGCGCGGGCGCCGAGACAGACGAAGGCGCCCGCGGGGGGCAGCGAUCGUCCUCGCUGCCGCCGCCGGAAAAGCGGCAGAAACUGCUCGGCGGAGAAGCGGCCGGGUCCCAAGAGAAAGCGGCUGCGUUUGAGCGAGAUGUCGCCUCAGCACUCGAGAGGCGCAUGGGCUUGUCUGUGAACCAGCUUGACAAGGCGCGGAAAAACCGCGACGAGCGUGUCCAGCAGCUGCGCCACGCAGGCCUCUCUGUGCAGUUCGCAGGCCCGACUGCGCAGCAGGCGACUGGUGCCACCGAUCCGGCGCAGAGCGCAGAGACCGGCGCGCCGGCCCUUGGAGCCCAAACGGGACAACAGGUGGGCGCGGGGGCCGCAGCCCCAGGGGGUUCUUCGGCGCCCGCGGCGGCCCUUUCUCAGCCCUGGCUGGGCAGCGCCGCUGAGGAUCCGGCCGUCCCGAGAAGGGAGGGGACGGAGCGAGCCCCGCAGCUCGCGCCGCCUCUGCAGACGCCGAGUGCGCAGGUCGGGCUUGGCUUAGGUGUCUCCUCGCCUCCGACCGCGGUCGGAGGCGGUGUCCGCUCUGCGGCGCUGCCGAGCGGGGCGGCGCCGGGUCUGCCCCCGGCGGCGCACGCGGCCGCCGCGCACGGGGCUCCGUCUCAGGCGGUGCCGAGUAGCUCGCUUCCGCUUUCCGCGCCUCCUGCGGCGAUCAGCCGACAGGCGCCUGCGACGGGCGCGCGCGGUGGUGCAGGCGUCCAGGCUCAGCAGAGACCGAGCGCCGCGCCGCUGAGAAAGGCAGGCGAGGAGGACAGUGGAGCCCAGGAGGCCCCCCCUGUCCCUCCGGCGGGCAGGCAGGCGCCUGAGGCGGCGGCGGCGGCUCCGGCGGGGCGCGAGAGUCAGCGGCCGGCAGCCGCGGCACGAGGCGCUGCGAGUCCGGGGCUUUUGCAGGCGCCCGCAGAGCAGCCUCAGCUGCCGGUCGCUCACCAGGGGGCUGCAGUCCCUGCGGCUCUCGCGCAGCAUCCCGCAUUCGCGGUGCCUCCGGCGCCAGACACGCUCGUUGACGAAGUCCUGAAGAGCCCAGACAUCCUGGCAAACGUCCUCAACAGCAAGCACAGCACCAUGCGCAGUUGGCCCCCUGAGCAACGCCGGCAAGUUCUCGCCCUACAGUCGGCUCUCUUGAGGCGAGGCUUUCCUGUGGCGCAGUAG